AUGUGCCUAUGCAUCUUCUCGCCUCCGCCCUACAGUGAACUAUCUCGCAGCCACUCUGAUUUCUUUGGCUUACAUUUGGCUGCGCUGCAUUCCCGCAGAUGCAUUCAUUCGCAUGACCGAGCCCUCUUCUCCUCCGAUCGGGCAUACCUCAACGAGGCCAGCAUUCACAGCCGUUCCAUGCUUCUCCUUUUGCCGUACGUUGAAUCACAACAACCCAGAAAAGAGUCUAACAUAUGUCUAAAAAACGGAUUGAUCAUUUGUAUCGCCAUUGCAAAACAUCGUGGAGUCCAGUACAAGAAUGUGAUAGCAGCUGACGAAGAGACAAGGUUUGGCGCCCGACUCUUGGAGGGGCAAACCUUUUGGGCAUCCUCACUGGCAUCUUGGGCAGAUUCGCAUGCUGCAAUCGUCGUACGCAUUGCUGGCUAUGCUGUCUCGCACGUCAUACAUCACCUGGGCCCUUCCAUGAGUGCACUAGUCAACACCCUCAGCGCCACUCAAGGAGCCGAAUCCGUUUCCUUGGAGGCUUCAGCUGUCCUCUCAAUCUCUAUUUGCACAUAUGGCGUUCUUCUUGUUAUCUUUGAUCUGUGUCGCAAAGCCUUCGAUCAAAGUUGUUAA